UGGUUCGGUAUAUUGUUCAUCAGACGUGGUGUAUAUGUGGGUGCAGUUCUACGUUUCACACUCUAUCUGCCCGACGAUUUUCCGUCGCAAAAAAUUCCGAUUGUUCUGUUCGAUGAGGAGGUCUUUCAUCCACACAUCGAACCGGCGACUGGUGAGCUGGAUUUGAAGAGGUACUUCUGGGAUGGCUGGAAACCUGAGAAACAUCAUAUUUAUCACAUUCUCUUGAUAGUGCAGAGGACAUUCUUCAGUUUUGAUGCGGAUAUCGCGUCGUGUGUGAAUAAGGAGGCUGCGAAGAUGCUUCGUGACGAUCGUGAAGCAUUUCGUUUGAAAGCGGGUGAAAUAAUCAAGUGA